AUGUCGACACUCGUGCAAAUCAACUCACGCGAGCAAUUCAGCUCCCUAUUGAGCUCCUCCACCUUUGUUGUCGCCGACUUCUACGCAGAUUGGUGCGGACCAUGCAAAGCCAUCGCCCCCGCAUACGAGCAGCUAGCCGGGCAGCUCUCACGCCCGAACAAGAUCACCUUUACGAAGAUCAACGUUGACAAGAACCAAGACAUCGCAAGACAAUAUGGGAUCACAGCUAUGCCCACCUUCGUCCUCUUCGAGCGCGGCCGCCCAACCUCCACCGUCCGCGGCGCCAACGCCAAAGAGCUCAACGACCUCGUGCGCAAGCUCGCCACGGAAGCCGAAAAAGCGCCCGAAGGCAACGACGCCGGCUCCAGCAGCGGCGUAGGCUGGAUCGGCCUUCCGGCACCCAAGAACUACAGCGAUAUCUCGGACCAAUACGACCCCAAGGGCCUGGAGCUACUGAACCGGGCGAGCGAGUUCGGCACAGCCAAGACGCUCUUCGAUAGCUCGAAGCCAUCCUCCCUGAACAACGCCAAGGGCAAGGCCGGGGCCGCACCGGAUUGGGUGGAGAGUGAUACAGACGAGCAGUUGAUGCUGUUUAUCCCGUUCCAGUCUACGCUGAAGGUGCAUUCGUUGCAGAUUACGUCGCUUCCGCCGUCAGCGGAGGAGGAGGUUGAGGACGAGGAUGAGCGGCCGAUGCGCCCCCGGACGGUGUCGUUGUAUACGAAUCGGUCGCAUGUGUUGGGAUUCGAUGAGGCGGAUGAUAUCCCUGCUGUGCAGACGGUUACAAUUCAGCCGGAGGAUUGGGAUCCCAAGACGGGUACGGCCAAGGUGGAUUUGCGGUUUGUCAAGUUCCAGAGUGUUACGUCGUUGGUGAUUUUCUUUGUGGAUGGCGACGGAGAUAGUGAGAAGUUGCGGGUCGAUCGGGUGCGCAUCUUUGGAGAGGCGGGUGAGAAGAGGGAGAUGGGUAAGUUGGAGAAGAUUGGUGAUGAGCCGGGGGAGUGA